AUGAGUGAAAAUACCAAUAAUAACAACGGUAGGAGCAAUGAGAAUCCGACACAACAACCUAAUCAGGAUACAACUUCUACACCUGGACCCGAUACAAGAAACAUCACUGUGGCUGUUCAUUACUCAUUAUUGACUCCAGGAACUACAACACCAGUGCCAGGUUCUGGUCCCACUUCCGGUCCACAAACACAACAACCUCAGACAGGUGCAAAUGCUGCCGCAGCUGAUGGGUCCACUAAUCCACCUCCUCCAAAUGUACUACCACAACAAUUACCUGGUGCAUUUAUCUUGUCAUUUAGGGAUGUUCCAAAUACAACGUCACAGAAUAGAUUACAAUCUAUUAUUACAAUGGCGACAGAGUUGGCUGCUCAAAGAUUUAGAUCCAUGAUUGAUAGACCUAAAGGUAUCUCAAAGGAACAAUUUGAAAAAUUGCCCGUAUUGACUUUAGAUGAUCUUAAGAAGAAUGGUAGUGAUCUACAGUGUAGUAUUUGUUUUGAACCCUAUGUUGCUGAUGCAACAACAACGAAGAAGAGAUCAUUGAGUGGUACUGAUAGUGAAGAACCCGGAAAUGCAAAGAAAAGGAAAAUAGACGCAACAACAGCUUCAACUCCUACUUCAAAUGAACCCGAACCUACCACGACAGUGGAGGAUAAUGAUGAAGAAGCACACCCUACAUACAAUCAUUCACCAACAAAACUACCAUGUGGUCAUAUUUUUGGUAGGGAAUGUCUGUAUCGAUGGUGUAAAUUGGAAAAUACAUGUCCACUUUGUAGACAUGUUAUUGCAGAAGUAGAUACAACUCAACAUCAAGCUCAAGACGCUGCAUCUGACCAGGCUUUCGAAAGGAUAAGAAACCUUGUUUAUAAUACAAAUCCUACUUCCAAUGAUGAUCAACCGACAUCUGCACAGGAUCAACUUCCCUUCUUUACGGGUAUAAUGCAUCAUAAUGCAGCAAUCCCUUUGAAUACUGGAAAUGAAGGGCAAACGGCUAAUGGAACAUCUUCAACUCCUCAACAGUCACUUGGAAAUAGAAUUAAUUGGGUUCAAAUACCGUUACAUUUAUCUAGCACUAAUAAUAAUAAUAAUAAUAAUAAUAAUGCCACAGAAACAACUAAUGUACAAACAGAAGCAAAUAAUAGAAAUGCAAACUUUUUGCAAAGUUUUUUCACCAAUUUAAUAGGUCAUGGUGAACAAUUAGUCAGAAAUGCAAGUCCACCAACAACUACGGCUAGAAAUUCAGAAAAUGCAGUUCCAUCAACGUCGAAUAUGGAACAACCAGCAACAACAAUAACUCAAGAACCUGGUUCUGUGGAUACAACACAAGUUGCUGCAUUACUUCGAGAAUUUAGUAGAAGACGUCAAGCCAUGGCAAAUGGUAACACUAACACUAACCCUGUAUCAUCAGGAGCACCACAACCACAACCACCAUCAGAUUCAUUAUUCAGUACCGGAGUAGCCAGUUUUAGAGAUUUUGAUGGAAACGUUACCACGUAUGAGUUGCAUGGUAAUUCGUUAGUUGCUCACCCACCUACCAACGUUCCUUCGUCCUCCAACGAAGCACCACCUUCAUCAUCAUCAUCAUCAUCGACUGAGGAUACAAACAACACAUCUUCCUCAUCAGCCAGCACUAACACCAACACGAACACAAACACGAACACUACGAAUGGACGCCAUGAUGUAGUCCCUGACCACACAUCUGAUGAAAACAAUUGA